UCCGGUGUAACGCGCAGAUCUGCUCCCCGAGAGAAACACAAAGACAGUACAUGUUCAUGGUUCUUCUUCAGAGGCCCGUCCCGCAGUGACAGGUUCCACAGGGGCGCAUUUUCCUCCAGAGCACCGGGCUUAUCUCCGCGCGCACGCCGAGCAGGAGUCACUUUGAGCGGCCAUAGAAAACUCUCUGCUGCGCUGGAGGUUUCACACUUUUCUUCAGUCUGAGGACGGACUCCGGUCUGUGGCUGUCCCGGGACACUCUGGAGCUACACCGUUUAUCUGCGGGGACCUGAGGCUCAUUCAUACGGUCCAGCGGUGCUUGAUCCCCGCGCACGCCGACCUCAAGGAGCUGCGAGCGGGCACAGGAUCCACGGCUCUCUGCCAGCUCCAACCACAGCUCCAACCUCAGCCUCUCUGAGGUCUGAGUGAACUUUAACAGAGCAGAUUCCCCCUUAAGGAGUGUGCGAGCUCUGGGUUUAUGCGUGAAAACUAACUGAGCCGAGCGGCGUUCAGCUGAGAGAGUGUCCGAGCAGGAGGCACUUGGAGCGGACUCAGAGCACCGCGCGUCCCCGCUGUAGCAGCGUUAGCCUUUAGCCUUUAGCUCUGUUAGCUCCAGGAAGAUGCAGUGUGUGAAGAUAAUGAGGAAACGACCCCUGGACCUGGAGCCCUGGGACCGCUGCAAAACCAAGCGCGUUUGUUUGGGGGCGGAGCUUGUGGCUGAUUGUCCAAUGGAAACUUGCGACAGUUCAAAUCUGACCAAUCAGCUGCAGCCUCAGCUGCACGUGCAGCUCAAACCCAAUUUUGGCCCCGGUCUUGGUCCUGGUCUUGGUCCUGGUCUUGGUCCUGGUCCUGGUCUUGGUCCUGGUCUUGGUCCUGGUCCUAGUCCUGGUCCUGGUUUUGGUCCUGGUCUUGGUCCUGGUCUGGUCUGUCAGCGCUGCCUCAGAGGAGAACCUGGGCACAUCAACCACAUCCUGGGACUCUAGCCAAUCAGACGACAGCUCUGAGGGACGCCACGCCAGACUGACCAAUCAGACGACAGCUCUGAGGGACGCCAUGCCAGACCGACCAAUCAGACGACAGCUCUGAGGGACGCCACGCCAGACCGACCAAUCAGACGACAGCUCUGAGGGACGCCACGCCAGACCGACCAAUCAGACGACAGCUGUGAGGGACGCCACGCCAGACCGACCAAUCAGACGACAGCUCUGAGGGACGCCACGCCAGACCGACCAAUCAGACGACAGCUCUGAGGGAUGCCACGCCAGACCGACCAAUCAGACAACAGCUCUGAGGGACGCCACGCCAGACCGACCAAUCAAACGACAGCUCCAGUGUGGUUCUCCUCGGCCCCAGUCCUUUGCUGAUCUUCGCCUGGGCUCAUUUUUACGAUGUAACUUUAGUUAUUUUGAGUUUAAUUUGAUUUCUCAGUUUAAAUGAAGGGACAAACCUGAAGCCAGUGCCUUAAGAGUUCAGACCGACUGUAUGAACUCAGACAUAACAUUAUAAAGUUUUAUAGAGACUGUUCUGCAGUAAAACGUUAAACCUGCAGUGUUCACAGCCGAGAUCUGUAUGUUUCAAAUGCACAUUUUAAAUCCACGCAGGAGUUUAACCUGGAUUUCAGUCUUUACUCACGUAGAGUGAAACCCAGACAUUUAAUUCCAGACAUUUCAGAACAUGUUUAUGGACUAACUACCGGGUUAGCAGCUUUUACACAGAAGAAGACCCCAUGGACACACAGGGAGGGCAUCUGACAUAAAUUGUAUAUGUAUUAAGAUUUUAUAAGAUAACAUGUCAAACUGUAAUUUUUAUUUUUAUUUUAGUAAAAUGCCUUUGAGAGAAAAGGCAGAAACACUGUUUACAUCUGAGAAGGAAUGUCCAGGGAAGAAAAUCUGUUUACGAUUCAAACGAAUGAACUGAAAAAAGUGAACCUGAAGUGAACUAAUGCAUUAGUGUCCAUGGCCUCUGAUGUUGGCAUUUUUACUUGAAUAUUCCUGUUCACAUUGGUUUGUUAUGGACUUGCACUUAAGACCUAAAAGGGAACCUCGUUAAACCUUUAUGCAAAUCAGAGACAAAGCUGCAGCCAAUCACAGAGCAGCUUUCAGAUAAAAGAUUUGUGCUUUUUUGGACAUAAUUUUGGUGUUUAAAUUAAAGUUUUUUUUAAUUGUCAGACUUUGCACCGUCCAAUCGCAGUCCUACCUUCCUCUGAGCUGACGCCUGAUUGGCUCACGGCUGUGAUGUCAUUCCACACUCCUUUGAUAAUUUCAGAAGAACUUUGAAUGUAAAAAUAAAUGUUAGAUAUUUUUGUAGAUGUAUAUUUUUGCCUGAAGCAGCUUUGUACAAAUUCAAAAUAAAAGCCAUG